UGAUACUACGUUAUCAUCGGAAUCUAUCGACGACAUGCUUAAAAUACUCAAUCAAAAGUACGAAGGAUUUAAUGAUUUCGAAUAUAUACGUCCUGAUUUAUAUGAUCAGUCAUUGCCAGAUUUGAAAUCUCGCUGGACGAAUGACUCAAUCACUUUAGGGGACAUACUUGAACAUUUUUCUGGUUUUGUUGAAAAAUUCUUUAGAAAUGAAGUAGAUAAAUUUCUUGUAGGCAGGAGCAAUAUAGUACCCAGAUCAUUGGACAUUCUUCGUACAAGUCGAAUCCCGAAAACAUUUUUUGCUUUGGGACUAAUCUCAUCCGUUGGUUGUUGGUCGAAAAAGUAUUUCAGUGAACUAAAAGAAUUUUACAUAUCCGCGGAACUACAUUAUGGUUACCCCAUAUUCGGACUCUUUGACAGUUAUACCCGAAUAGAAGCAACUAAACCGCUUUUAAAUUACCGAAUGGAAGAAUUUAACGUGCGCAGAAACCCAGUUAUACUACCCAAAGAAACAACAAUGGAAGAACCCAAAAGUUGCUUAAAGCCUAUUGUCUUCAUCAAUAUCGGUAAAUUGACUCCUUAGUAGUAUCGGCUUCGUAUUAACCUGACCUAUUUGAAACCAAA